AUGCUCGGUGGCAAAGUGACACCUCCGCCUAUUCUCACUCGUGGGAUGUCCUUGUAUCUAAGAGCCUACUUCAAAGAUAAGACUAUUAAGAAUAUUUACGAUAUCGUUAAAAGCACUACCUGCUCAGCUAUUAGAUUUGUCGUGGUUCAGGUGUUUCCGAAAGACGAUUCAAAAGAAAUAAGAUUCAAAAGAAAUAAGAUUCAAAAGAAAGAUUCAAAAGAAGGAUUCAAAAGAAAGAUUCAAAAGAAAGAUUCAAAAGAAAGAUUCAAAAGAAAGAUUCAAAAGAAUAAUUCAAAAGAAAGAUUCAAAAGAAAGAUUCAAAAGAAAAAUUCAAAAGAAAGAUUCAAAAGAAAGAUUCAAAAGAAAGAUUCAAAAGAAAGAUUCAAAAGAAAGAUUCAAAAGAAAGAUUCAAAAGAAAGAUUCAAAAGAAAGAUUCAAAAGAAAGAUUCAAAAGAAAGAUUCAAAAGAAAGAUUCAAAAGAAAGAUUCAAAAGAAAGAUUCAAAAGAAAGAUUCAAAAGAAAGAUUCAAAAGAAAGAUUCAAAAGAAAGAUUCAAAAGAAAGAUUCAAAAGAAAGAUUCAAAAGAAAGAUUCAAAAGAAAGAUUCAAAAGAAAGAUUCAAAAGAAAGAUUCAAAAGAAAGAUUCAAAAGAAAGAUUCAAAAGAAAGAUUCAAAAGAAAGAUUCAAAAGAAAGAUUCAAAAGAAAGAUUCAAAAGAAAGAUUCAAAAGAAAGAUUCAAAAGAAAGAUUCAAAAGAAAGAUUCAAAAGAAAGAUUCAAAAGAAAGAUUCAAAAGAAAGAUUCAAAAGAAAGAUUCAAAAGAAAGAUUCAAAAGAAAGAUUCAAAAGAAAGAUUCAAAAGAAAGAUUCAAAAGAAAGAUUCAAAAGAAAGAUUCAAAAGAAAGAUUCAAAAGAAAGAUUCAAAAGAAAGAUUCAAAAGAAAGAUUCAAAAGAAAGAUUCAAAAGAAAGAUUCAAAAGAAAGAUUCAAAAGAAAGAUUCAAAAGAAAGAUUCAAAAGAAAGAUUCAAAAGAAAGAUUCAAAAGAAAGAUUCGAAAGAAAGAUUCAAAAGAAAGAUUCAAAAGAAAGAUUCAAAAGAAAGAUUCAAAAGAAAGAUUCAAAAGAAAGAUUCAAAAGAAAGAUUCAAAAGAAAGAUUCAAAAGAAAGAUUCAAAAGAAAGAUUCAAAAGAAAGAUUCAAAAGAAAGAUUCAAAAGAAAGAUUCAAAAGAAAGAUUCAAAAGAAAGAUUCAAAAGAAAGAUUCAAAAGAAAGAUUCAAAAGAAAGAUUCAAAAGAAAGAUUCAAAAGAAAGAUUCAAAAGAAAGAUUCAAAAGAAAGAUUCAAAAGAAAGAUUCAAAAGAAAGAUUCAAAAGAAAGAUUCAAAAGAAAGAUUCAAAAGAAAGAUUCAAAAGAAAGAUUCAAAAGAAAGAUUCAAAAGAAAGAUUCAAAAGAAAGAUUCAAAAGAAAGAUUCAGAAGAAAGAUUCAAAUGA